AUUUCUACAGAAUACUCGCACCUGGCAACACUGUAUGGCAGAAGGGCGGCUGUGUUUAACGCGUUUCAUCUUUCAUUCGGGGAGGUGGAUCCAUUUUAACGACGUCAUUCGUCUUCUGCCUGCCUACUGUUUGUAAUGCAGCUUGUCAAUACGCUAGUUUCCAAAGGAGAUCACAAGACUUGUGAUAUUUACGAGGAAACCGUGCAAAGAAUCAAACUGUUCAAAAUCUUGUUGCUGAACAAGUAACAUCGAACAAGUAAUAUCGACUGCCACGCAAAAGGUUGCAGACGAUCUGACCGCGUGGUCCAGCGUGGUCAUCCGGGACCGGAUAAUUCCAGCUGUCUGUCACAUAAAGGACAGAAGUCGACAGCUGACAAGAGGGUGAAGUCACUGGACGAGGAGGAAGAAGAAGAAGAAGUCGUGUAUAACCACAACGUUGGACGGCCAUGGCACUGGCACCAGUUCUCAAGAAACCUGGCUCGAUCAGUUCACCGUCGGCGCUUAAGGUCGCUUUUCAAGUCCCUACCGCGGAAGAAAUCGACGUAGCAGCGUCCCUGAAGGAGGCUGCUGAAAACAAUGGCCAAGGAAUGCUGUAUAGGUCGCUUAUAAAUGCUGUUAAAUCUCAGGAGACGAGCGAUGCCGCUCUGAUCCAUCUGCUGCGACGAAUCCGAAAGCACAUGCAGCUCAUUGCAAGGCACAACGACGACAUUUGUGGGGCCUUACUUAAAAUCAACCUGAUGCAAAGGAGCAGGGAGGUGUUGGACGCCUUUGCCAGACUGGCACUGGACCUGACAUCCUUGCACCCGUACUACCUACGGAACCUCGUCUUUGCAAUCUUGCGAAUCUUCAUGUCACCCGACGCGUACUCCGAAGACGCCUCCGUCGUGGACAGGGAGGAGAAGUUGGCAACUCUGCAUCAUAUCAUUCAGGAAAUAAUUCGCCUGGUACCCCUGUCUCCGAAGACGAUAGUGUCGUCCGUGGCGGAAAUGUUUCCGUACCUGAAGCACGACGGACGAGAACAAGCAUCUCUCGUGCGCCACUUGCUGCGGCUGUGCACGUAUCUUCCUGACCAGCAUCUAGAAUUGCUGCAGCUGAUAGUCCAUAAAGCUCUUCAGCUAGAUUUGCACUCUCCGAAAGAGGAAAUUGAAGAUUGUGAGGAUGAAGAUGAAGAUGAGGCAAUUUUUUCUAUGGAUGGCAACUCUAAGGAAAAGGACGCAGGAGGUCUGAAACACCCGUUAGCCGACACGCUGGAUCGGGUGAUGCUACAAGUGUACAUGUUCAUCGACGACCAGUGUGGUGUCACAGGGAAGGGCCAGGUCACAGACUGGGAGAAGACAAAGGCCUUGUUCAAGGACUUUCUGGCCAUCUUUGACCGUAUCAUUUUGCCCACGUACAAGUGCUGCCACCUACAGUUUGUCAUGUUUUACCUCAGCAGUCUCAAGCCCGCACUUCUGGAAGGCUUCCUGGACUACCUCUGGAAGAAGGUCCAGAAUCCAAAUACCGCCCCUGUCAUCCGGCAGGCUGCUGCCUUCUACAUCGGGAGUUUGUUGGCCAGGGGGAAGUUUGUGCCACUGAGCACCGUGCAGGACUGCCUAGCUCUCCUCUGCAAAUGGGCCCAUUUCUACGUGACCUCGCACGGGGAAGGAGCUGUGCAGGCCGACGUCAGGCGCCACGGCACGUUUUACGCCGUGUGCCAGACCGUGCUCUACAUCUUCGCUUUCCACCACAAGGACCUCACCGCUACGAACAAAGGUCUGCAGUUCCUGCGCAGCCUGAACCUCGAGGCGCUGGUGAUGAGUCCCCUGAAUCCCCUGCGCGUGUGUCUUCCGGCUGUCGUUCAGCGCUUUGCCAACGUGGCGCGGCACUACCAGCUGGUGUACUGCUACACCCUGUUGGAGCGCAACCGGCGCAACGCGUUCCCCGAGGCCACCGCGGAGAAUGCGCCCACGACGCUCGAGUGCUUCUUCCCCUUCGAUCCCUACCUGUUGCCAAGGACUGGAAAGUAUAUUCACCCCCUGUACAGGCAGUUUGAAGGUUCUGCUGAGGAAACGGAUGAGGAGAUGGAGGAGGAAGAGGGCAGCAUUGUGGAAGACGACCCCAAGUCUCCCGCAGGAAGCGUCGUGGACAUGUUCAGCUACGGGACGUCUCCGGGAUUUAAACAGGUCCACUCUGGUCCACUUCGGUAGCAUCCUAGGACCAAGUUAUUAAUUUAUUCUACGGCUAUUUGUUUUUGAGUGUUCGACACUGCCGACACUCGAUAAUAAAUGGUGUACAUUCAA